AAUGAUUGGCAGAUAAAUCUUUCGUGCAUUUUCAUCAACUACAGCUCCUUAUGUGUGGGUUAAUAAACAUACCAAGGUGAUCUGUUAAGGUAUCACUGGAAAUUAGGUAUUUUUUGAUAUUAAAUAAUUAUAGGGUACCUUCUAAACAGAACAAGCAUUAAACUAUUUCACUAAAAUGGUUGGUGGAGUAUCACCAAAGAGUAAAAAUUGAAGUUAUAAGAUAGAGGCCGGAAGCACUCAUCUUGGAUUACCUGUAUUUAAGAAUUGUCAAGAAGCCAAACAAAGCACAGGAUGUGAUGCCUCAGUUAUUUAUGUUCCUCCUCCUACAGCUGCUGCAGCUAUCAUUGAAGCAAUCGAAGCCUAAAUUGGUUUAGUGGUAUAAUUACUAUUAGUAUGUAAAGGUUGUUAUUACAGAUGGAAUCCCAUAACAUGAUAUGAUUAGAGUCAAACAUGCUUUAAGAUCUUAAUCAGUCACUCGCGUCAUUGGUGUAUGAACAUAUUACUUAUAUAUUCAGCCUAAUUGUCCAGGAAUUAUUAAACCAAAUGAAUGCAAAAUUGGUAUUAUGCCUGGAUACAUUCAUUAAAAUGGAAAAAUUGGUAUUGUCUCAAGAUCUGGUACACUUACUUAUGAGGCUGUUGAUUAAACAACAAGAGCUGGAUUAGGAUAAUCAACUGUUGUUGGAAUAGGUGGUGAUCCAUUCAAUGGAACUAAUUUUAUUGAUGUUUUAGAAAGAUUCAUGGUUGAUCCAGAAACUGAAGGUAUUUUUUAAUUCUAAUUUAUUUUAGGAAUUGUUAUGAUAGGAGAAAUCGGUGGUGAAAAUGAAGAAAUGGCUGCUGAAUGGAUUAAAAAUAAUAAUCCAAAAAAUAAACCAGUUGUUGGUUUCAUUGCUGGUAUCACAGCACCUCCUGAAAGAAGAAUGGGACAUGCAGGAGCCAUUGUAUCUAGUAAUAUUACUAUUUUAUUCAUUCUUUAGAGGGAAAGGGAAGUGCACCUGAAAAAAUUAGAGCUCUUGAAUAGGCUGGAAUUAGAGUUGUGAAAUCACCUGCUUAAAUUGGUAAAACUAUGUUGGAAGUUAUGAAAGAAAGAGGAUUGGCAUGAGU